AUGGGCUUCCUAGUCAGAGCCGUGGGUUCCGGCAUUGGGUUGGCGUCCGAGGCCAUCCACGACUACCGCGCCCGCUCGCGAGGAGACGGCUCCGCCUCGCCCAACCCCGAGACCGUCAGCGCCUCCUCUCAGGCCUCGUCCAGCGCCCAGGCCUGGGCCCCCGGCACUGCCGCUCAAGAGCUGGGCCUAAGCCCGCCCUACAGUGAGAAGCCCUACAGUGAGAAGUCCAAGGCGGCUGAGGCGGGCUACGACGACGAGCACGACGACUCCUCCAGCGACAGCGAGGACGACGUCGGCGGUGCCGCCCGCGCGGCUGACGAAGCCGCGUGGGAGCUCGACGACAUGGCCGAGCAGGUCGCGCCGCCCUCGUACGACGAGUCCACGACUGGUGCCAGGUACGAAGUGACGCCCGGAGACUCCGACGAGGUCAAGAUCGCCAAGGAGGACCAGAUGGUCCGCGACAUGGUCCGCAUGGCGGGGCCCGCGCCGCAGCCCGUGCGACGUAUCCCUUGCCCGGUCAUCAUACCGCAACGACGGCCGCGUAACAAGGACCGUGGAUUCGUGCAUGCCUAUGCGCCUUUGAUGCAGGGGUGCGGAAUUGGCCAAGAGGUGUUCUCCAAGUUUCUGAAGGACUGGCUGAGUGUUAGCAAAGCUGAUCCCUGGAUCGACGUCGUCUUCGUCGCUGCCGGCGUCGUGGGUCUUAUCCCGGAAGUAGCAUCUCAAGUAGUUGGUACCGUCGUACAGGUCAUCGCGGGAACCGCCAAAGAGCUACAGUCGCGAUACCGCCGAAACACAUUUCUCGACAGGGUGAACCAAGACCUGUUCAUGCCGCGUGGUCUGUACGCUAUGGUAAUGGCCUUUAAGGACGUAGUGCCCGGGCAACAGCCGCGCGGGCCACUGAGCAGGCUCGCGGGGACGCUGGGCAAGCAGCUCUUCGCCGCCGAGCGCCUAGACAUCAACCAGACAGCGGCGAAGUACAGCAACCCCGACGUGAUGUCCAACACACGGAGGAAGCUCAAGGACAUCCGACUGACCAGCGGGAAAACGGUGGGAGAGGUCGAGUUGCCAGAGGCCGCGCCCUUGGUUUAUCCCGACCUCGACCGCGCCGCCGAGCAGGAUUUGCAGGAGCAGGGGAACGGAAAAGGGAAGGAGAAGGAAGGGAUCAAGCAGAAAUGGAAGGGCGCUGGGGAAUGGGUUGGAGACUACCUUGACCGACGCGCACAAGCUACCUAUGAAGGACAACAGUACCACCCCUCCUCGCUAGCGGUGCCAUCCUCAGCCCGCGCGGGCUUCUCUUCGCGCUACUCGGACCCCAACCACGCCGCCAACAGCGGCUCGUUGGUCUCGCUCCUGACUGGAGGCGCCGUCAACCCGAAGGCCCACCGCCAGGAGAGGCGCGCCGCCAAACGAGAGCGCAAGGGCAUGAGGCGCGAGUACAAGGACGAGCGGCGGAUGAUGAAGGGACGAGAGCCCCGUGGUCCGCGACGCGCAAGGGCGCCUCGCGGUCAGCGUCAGGGAAUCAUCAAGAAGAUCAUGCAGCAGGAUGUCAUGUACCUGCUCAUCGUCAACCUGCCGACCGAGGAGGAGGUCCAGAAGUCGGUUGCGGAUCUAGAGAGGAUGGUCGCUGCGGAGGGCGUGCAGGAGAUGGCAUGA